UUCACCCUCUCGUCAGGCUGAGUAAAAAAAAUCGUCAAGCUCUUCCCCACGAGCUCCUGCCUCUCCACGGCGCGGGAUUUCAAAUGUCUCGGCCGCCCGAGCUCCAACACCACCACGACCUCCUCCUCGUCGCUGGUGGACCAGCCGGCGCGAAGCUCCAUCCUCGACGGUUCUGCCACAGGGCGCCCCCUCGACCAGUGCGCCGAUCCGGGCGGCCAGGUUCAGGGACGCAAGCGCAGCACCAGAAUCGCGAGGUUCGGAUAGCGAUCAAGGCCCCUGAUUAUCUGAGCGGAGAACAAAUUAAUCGGAUGGCUGAAAAUGUCCCCUGAGUAUUAGUUGUAUAUAGAGACUGCCCAUGCCUCGUCCGGACGCCACCUAACCCUAGCAACUGAUUAGAGCACACCGGAGCCGGCGGCGAACGAAGGAGGCAGCUCCUCGGGGGCGGGGCGGCGCGGCGCGGCGAAUCGCCGCCCAAGACCAAAGGUCGACAUGGAGCACUCCCCCCGGGAGAGGGAUCUGUCUGUUCAGGAGGAUCUGUGGUUGUCUGCUUUUCCAAUUGGGACUGAGUGGGAAAGCAUUGAUAAGAUAAAGGAAUUCAAUUGGAACUUCGAAAAUUUAGAGAAAACACUAGAGGAAGGGGGAAAACUUUAUGGGAAGACAAUUUAUUUGUUUGUAAGCACUGAGCCACAGCUAUUGGAUGUUAAUGGUGAAGUGAAGGUGGUACUUAUUCCGUUUGUAGUUGCUGUAGACUGUCCUUUUCCUCCAUCAGAUAAAAUUGACAUAUAUUCGUUUCAAACGGGAAAAGAAGAAAUAGUACCAAUGAAAGAGAUGAAGAUGGCAUGGGUUCCUUAUGUUCCUGUCAGGACCGGUACUGUUGCGUUAUUUAUGUUGAACAAUAUUUGUUCCCUUUUGUUUUCAUUGCUUAUAUCCUUGCUUUUUCCUGCUACAUUGAAACUUAUUAUUUUGUUCACCUUGAUAUUGCUUUGCCUACAGGGUUGGCAGAAUUGAAAGCUUGGAAACAAAAAUAUUCGCUCUCUGUUGCACCCAGCGGACGUCUGAGAGAGUUGACAAUUUUGGCUACUCCAUGCCCUGUAAGCUGAAUCAGGUUUAGUUUUUUAGGCCUGUAUUGUGCUUCUCUAGUAAUAUCUUUUGUUACCCUUUUUGCUUUAUGAUCCUUUGAAUACCUCUUACCCUUAGAUACUUUCCACCGCUGUACCAAUCCUUGGCACGUGUCACGGACACACUCACGCCAAGAUUAUGUAAACCACACCAUCCAAAAGUGUGCAUACUCUUCAUUUUGGAAUGAAGCUAAUCAAAUUAUUCGUUGAAGUAA